GAUUGUUAUUAUCGACAAUCUUCUUAGUUUUCUUGGUAUUCGUCUAUCGAAUCAGAUUUAAAAUUCGCUUCUUCAUAGAUAUAAUUUACCCCUGUCCCAAGGGGUAUAUCAUUACAUUAGGACUCGAACGGUCAAAUAGAAUUUUGAUCUCGAAAUACCCCCCCAAAAUAUUUUGAAGCAUUAUUAUGGCGCACGCAACUGCUACUCAUCCUCUUCCGGACUUUUCAAAUCAUGUGGUUAAUGAGACGAAUUUAAUGGAUAUUCUAACUGUAGACGAGCCCCAGUCGCCUCAGAACGCGUUUGAAUUACGGCCUGUAACCCGCCAAAGACGAAUCACAAUUCUUAUCUCAAGCUUUUUGACGAUAUGUAUCACGAUUGGUCUCAAUCAAUCCUAUGGCGUGUUUCAGAGCUACUAUAUCUCCGAAACUCAAACCAUGCUUCCAAAAUCGACAGUUAACGAAGGCGCCUUGGUGGCUUUCGUGGGAACACUCGGAUCUGGUCUCACAUGGGCGGGUAGCGUUGUGGUAAAUCCUAUGAUGGCAAGACUAGGUACAAAGGGCUCCAAACAUAUCUGUAUGAUGGGAGUUGCUUUCAUGAGCCUAGGCUUUGGAUUGGCUAGUGUUUGUAAAGAAGUUUGGCAACUUUUACUAACACAAGGCUUGCUAUACGGCAUCGGUUCAUCGUUUCUUUACUAUCCAAUUCUCAGUACAGCACCAGAAUAUUUUACUACUCACCGUGGCUCAGCUAUGGGAUUUAUCUUGUCGGGUGCGGGAAUCGGCGGGCUCAUUUUCUCUCCUCUGAUACGCUUUCUUCUAACAUCAAUUGGACCAAGAUGGACACUCCGUUUACUUUCUUUUCUCGUACUGAUAAUUGCAUUGCCGAUUGCUGUCACUGCAGCUCCAUCACGAUUCAUAGGAAGGAGACAAACUCACGUCGAUCUCAAAUUGGCCGUAAAGCCUGCGUUCAUCUUCAGCGUUGGAGCUGGCUUCUUACAGGCGGGAGGCAACGGACUACCGCUCACAUUCUUGGCUGAGUACUCUGUGGCCUUGGGGUACACGUCUGCUUUUGGGGCCACGUUGCUAGCUGCUUCAAACGGUAUCAACUCUAUUAGUCGAGUUAUGACGGGAUUUGCGGGCGAUAGGUUUGGGAGACAGAAUACUCUAAUUCUGACAGUCAUUUUGUGUGUUAUAUCGGUAUUGGGAUUCUGGUUAGGGAGUACCACUGCAAAUGGUAACAAAGCAUUGUGGUUACUCUUUGUGAUAUUUUAUGGAGUUGCAGGUGGUGGUUACAAUGCUCUUUUUCCAACGACUGUGGCGGAAGUGUUUGGACUCCAGGCCUACGCUAGCGUAAAUGGGUUUAUCUAUUUUGUUCGAGGUCUCGGAACUAUGCUUGGUAGUCCGGUUGGUGGCAAAAUUUUGGGGGAGAGCAAGUUAGGAAACUAUCGUUCGGUGAUCUUGUUUGAUGCUGCGCUUUUAUCUGGCGCUACUUUCUGCGUUAUCGCGGUUCGAUUCUUUGAUUCUGUGGAAAAGAGAUCUUGGAAGUGGAUAGCAUAAAUUCUGCAUCGAUGGGUUGUCAUGUUUUAUCAAAGAUUUAGGAUGUAGAUUGUUAGAUUGUCACAACCUCCAUUUAGCAAGACGUAUGGGAACUAUUGAAAACUUUCAAAUAAGGAUUUCUGAUAUCUACUAACUUUGUAGUUUAUUGCAUUGGAAUUUCGACUACUUAAAUGCCGCUGAUUCAUGGAACUUUUAGAUUUCACAGGCCCAGCUAGUUAUUUCACUAAAUCCACA